GUCGACAACAGUGGUGAGCUUGGCCCUUCCCAGGCAAAGCUUUACAGAGAGUGUGUCGGCCGCCUCCUUUACUUGUCCCACACGAGACCGGACAUCCAGUUCGCAACUUGCGUCCUCAGCGGCCGCAUGCAGAGUCCAAGUACAAUGGCCUGGAAAAUGUUGCAACGCGUUGUUGGGUACUUGGCCAGCACGCCAGAAUUCGGCUUCAUGAUCCGCGGCGCCAAGGACGAGGCAUGCUAUGGCUAUGGUGGAAAAGGUUCCCUUCGUGAAGCCGGGACCCUGAUCGUCGAGAGCAUAAGCGUUUGCAACCGCUUAGGUUGCGGGAGGAUUCGGCAUCUUCACGCUGGACUUCUUUGGGUUCAAAGUGCAGCUCAGGCCAAGGAGCUGGAAGUUGGAAUCGUCCCCGGGAGCGACAACCCAUCGGACCUGGGAACAAAACCCCUAGGGGGUGCGCGAAUCAAGGAACUCUUGUUCCUCAUGGGAGCAGUCACCCCGCAGCUCGAACCAUAUGGCGAAGAAGAGCGGGAAGCAGCGGUGCAAAAGCGGAACAUCGCAAAGGCCCUCAAGGAGAUGGGCACAAGCGGUGUGAAUGUGGCAAGGAUCAAGACCCUGAUCCCGCUCCUGGUGUUGAUGACCCAAGUUGUUAAUGUGGAGGGCCAGUUUCUGGGCUUGGGUCUGGCAUGGCUGGGCCCUUCACAGUGGACGGAAGCGAGAUCGUGGCACAGCUUGUGGCAACAGCAGCAGUGGGACUGUUGGAGAGGAAGUUGCGACAAGGAAGUGCAAGUGGACUUCAACGAGAGCAAGGCCGCAGCCGCAACACAAGCCAGCAUCCCAUUCAGAGUGGGACCUACAAAGGAGGAGAGGCUCUUCAUGGACGAGUACAUUGAGCGCUGCAAGCACUUGGAGCAGGUGCUGGGAGAGAAGUGCCGUGAAGUUGAGCAGUGCAGCGCAGCCCUUCGAGAGGUGAGAGGCGAAAACCGUGUCUUAGUCCAGAGGCUUGAGGCCUCACGUGGUCAGAGAUCUCCAGAGGAGAUAGCUGUGGCCACUUCACGUGGCCAGAGGUAUCACAUGCCUCAAUGCCCUCACCUUCGGGGCUCUGCUACAAAGAAGUAUACGCCAUGCCGAGACUGUAUAGGGAUCUACGGCUGA